AUGUUCAAGAUUAUAGUUGGUUGCCUUUUUCUCCUGCUCAACUUUAUUGGAGUUUUGAUUAAUUUGACUGUGCUCGUCCCAUUAAGAAGAAUUCAAAAGAAGCGGGAUGAAAACUGCGUCAAUUUGAUAUCAGUUAUCACAAUGCUCAAUGAUAUUAUCAACUUAAUCGUGAAUAUCUGCUACUUCUCCGGCACUUAUUUUCAGAACCAUAUUUUUGGUGACUCACCAUACGCUUUUGGACCUUGGUUAAUGUCAAACAUAUCUCACUUCUCGUGGAAUAACACUGUUUUUAUUAUGAUUGUGAUGGCUCUGAACCGAUGGUUAUCGUAGGCUUAUUUUUUGUUUUGUUUUUUUUUAUCCGCAUUGAAACUAAUUUCUGAUCAAUUCUUUUUAUGUUGCACGGUAAUCUUGGAUCAUACAAAAUAUGGUUUUUGGUCUAUAACACCUUUAAAGGAGUAUAACUGGGGAUUUUUAAUUAGCACAGUUGUUCAUAGUACUUGUUUUGUUUUAACAAUUGGAUGUUAUUUUGCCAUAUUUAUGAAGAUCAAAAUUUCAAGCAUCAUCAUUAAGAUAUCCGUUAAUUCCGAACAUGCUCGCAAAAUCCGUGCACGCGAAGUUUCGAUAUUAAUUCAGUUUUUUUCGGUUUCAAUGUUUUCAUUAUUGAGCUUUGCGUCAUUUAAGAUUGUUCCAAUCUUAUUUGAUAACAUCGAAAGUAAUAUCAUUUGUCCAAUUUGCUAUGCUUUGCAUUGUUGUGCCGACGCAUGCAUAUACUUAUUUUUGAAUCAAGAGAUCAAAAAUAAAAUUUUUAACAAAAAAAAGAAGAGCAUCAAUGUUGUUGGAUAUGAAAGAAACCAUAGAAUUUCUGAAAAAAAAAGUUAA